CUUCUCCUGCAAGUCCCUUCUUCCCUUCUUUUUCUCAAAACGCCAACAUGGUAUUAGAGCUUAAAUGAUCCUGAGGACCUCUAAAAGUGAGUUUGAGUGAACACUAGAAAAAAGAAAAAAAAGAAAAAAAAGAAAAACACCCCACCUUUCUUUGUUUUUUAGAUGGUUUUUCAUGUGAAACCACUCUUGCUUGGCCAAAAUCUUGUAGCAAAAAAGGCUGUGAAGAUGGAGGCAUAUGUUAGUCCCACCAUGAGAGAUGUCAAGGAGAGGAAUGCUGGAUUCAAAGAAAAGGUGUUCAUGGUUGUUCCAAAAUCAAUCCAAAAGGACGAACAUGCUAGAUGGAAUGGGAAAUUGAGCACGAAAAACUCAGUUUCAUGGUAUGUUCUUCACCAAUCUUUUAUGUUGGCUAUGGUUAUGUUUUGAGUUUUCCCAAGAAAACUCUUCAUGGAUGUGGCUGUGAUGCUCGAAACUCCCACGGCUUCAUGGCAAAGAAAAACUGAGCAACUUACGGGAAGGCUUAGCAAAGCUCCAAAAAAUGUGUUAAAGCAGCAAAUCCAAGCAAGAUGAAGCUGCAACAUUGAAGGAGGAGCUGAUCUACUAAAGGAGAUGCUUUAGCAGCGACAACAAAGCAAAAUCGAAGCAUAAAGAACUGCAAAUGGCAGAUUCAAAAUGCUUUGAUAAAUUUCUUCUUUCCCGCAACUUUAACACCAAGAAGGAGUGUUGGAGCUGUGGUGUUAAAGCUGCACAAGAGGCAGCUAAUGAAAAGAACGCUGCACAAGUGGCAGCAAAAUGCAAAGAAGGGAGAGCUGCACCAAAGCACAGUAGCAGCAAAGUGCAGCAAACUAUGCUGCAAAUGUUGAUGAAAUGAGGCUGUAAUGAAAUGCAAAUGAGGCUGCAAAGUAGUAGCAAGUACAGCCACACGAAGCUGCACAAGUGGUAGCAAAUGAAAGGAAAUGAAGCUGCACAAGUGGCAGCAAGUCUUUUAAUGUAAUCUUGCAUUAAAUGUAUUAGAUAAGUAUGAAAAUUACUGUUGAUGUAUUGAGAUAUUUCUGCUAUUUAAUAGCAGAACAUGAAUGAGAAAAUGGAGUUUUCACCUCAAAAAAGAGGGACUCCUGUG